AAGACUGCCCGCUGCCGCCUAGGACGGAAAGAGACAUUGACGCUGCUCUGCGACCGAUGCUGGACGAGCAGUGGAGCACGAAACCAGGGAGACUCAUCUUCGACGAGCUUCAACUUUGGAAUCGGCGACCAGUACUCAGAUUUCAGACGGCGAUGGCUUCCGAUUGGAAAUUACUUCAUAGACUGAGUAAAGAACUCAGUUUGGCAGCCCUUUUUGUUUAUAAUUGAAUCAUAGCAUUUUUCCCUCAUAUUUUGCUCAACUCUAUUCUUCCUUACACAUAUAUAGUAUGUAUUUUAUUCAUUCGUAUGCAUCAUGAGUGGCUAAAUAUCUAGAUUUAGGUUUCACAAGACCUCUGAUAAUUUAUAUACUGAGUUUGCUAUAUAUCUAGAUUUAGGUUUUCGAGUGGCUAAAUAUUGUUGGUUUCCAUAUACGUUGCUACAGGUCUAGGUCCUAAAUGUAAUUCAUAUAAAGUGUAUGUUGAUUGAGAUUUCCAAUAUUUGAAGCCAAGUCUGGUCAGUUUGGUUGAGCAAAGAUGCACUCCAGAUUUUAGAGUACAUUUGGUCAACUGGGACAAACAAUUUCUGUUGAAUAUUUAAGAUUGCUGCUUAGUUACUUUGGGUGUUGUAGUUUCCUGGCUUUUAGAUGUUAAGACUUAGAUGUUGAUUAUCUUAUUCUAAAAAGAUGUUUUAGUCAAUUGACUAAAGUGUCUUAUUAUAAAAUAAUAUCAUCAAUUAAGUUUGAAUUUAAUGUCCAGGUUUUACUUAAUUAAAUUGAAUUCGUAUCUCCCAAUUUAAAUCUACCAAGGGCUGAAUCUUUCCUUUAUUAUAAGAAACUGAUGAUGUAUUCUUUGAUCUUUGUUACAGGUAAAGAACCGCUAAUCUAUCCUUAAUAGUCAUAUGUCUUUUAAUUCAUUUGUGUGGUUUCUCUUCUCCUUUUGGAAGAUAGCUUUGAUAUUAGUUUGGAUGAGGACAUUGUGACUAAAACUUCUCUUAUAAUCUUUACUUUUGUCAUAGGGUUAUGGUUGUUGUAAGUAAAGGUUUGGGGUACGUUGUGCCUACUAAUUGCUGGUCAGCCGUUAGCUCUUUAGCAAUGGUUGUUUGGGAUGACCCUAAUCCUAUGGUGAAAUAGCAGUCUAGGUAAGCAUUUGAUGAGUCAGAAUAUGAUGUAAAAAUCAUAAUGGAAGACCAUGCUCUAUCUAUUCUGGUCAAUGAAAAGGAUUUCCAAACUACGAAAGAUGCUUCAGCAGCUCAAGAAUCGAAUGCAGCAGGCUGUAUACAAAUCAUUUUGGUGGCCCUUUUUCCCAUAGAGGUGUGUCUUUUGUCCUAUGAUUAGGUAACACACUACGUGCAUUGACAUGCUAUUGGUAUUUGAAUUUGUUGGUUGGAUGAAUUUGAAUUGAAUUCCAGUGUUGUGAAGAUUACCACAAGUUACUAUUGCUAUUUGUCAAUGUUUUUCAUAUGUUUUUUUGGCUAUCCUUGGAGUAUGAUUAUGAAGGUUACAUCAGGUUAGUACAGUUGCUAAUUCCCAAGGACUUUGCAUAUAUAUAUAUAUAUAUAUAUAUAUAUAUAUAAUAAUUGCUGAUUAGUAUAUACUGCAUUGGUGGUUUUUCUAUAUAGUUUUCUCCGGUUAGAUUUUUUUAGAGAUUAUCAUGGUCUCAAAUCAGUUUUCACCAUGGAUAUUGCUAUUGAAAGUUGUGGUGCAGUAUUCUCUUCUUUACAUUCUAAAUCAGACCUUAGACUUGAACUUUCCAAGCAAGCCCCCACUUCCCUUUUUGGAGCAAACCCAGACGCAAUUCAAGGUUUUUAGAAGAAUCAGCAGCAUUUUAGGAGUCAUUGCUGUCACUGGACAACAAGAAGUCAUGGGACUGCUAGCUGGUACUGGACAUUAAGGUUUGAACAUUGAGGAAUGGUUCUCGUAUUCCAGUGAAGGUAUGAUAGCUAGGACUGCAAGUUGUGCUUUUGGAAUAGCGCAGGAACUGUAAUUCAAAAGUGUAAUGACAAGAACGGUGCAGGGGGACCCCACUUGUAAGGAAGCCUGCUAAAGCCAACUCUUUUGAUUGUAUUUGUUCAUUUGUUCUAUUUUCUCUUGUUCUCUACUUUAGUCCUUUCAUUUAGGCCCAUUAUUGUUGGGGACGGGCCACCCCCUCCUUUAUGUUUUUCUAUUUGUAUUAAUAUAUAUGACACACACACAUAUACACACUUUUUUUGCCUUUCUUUAGAGUAUUUAAGAGAAGCUAAUACCAGCUGUACUUUGUUUUAAAUUUGAAGAGUAGGACAUAAUAAACUAGCUGAUUAGUGCAAUAUCAGAUUCGUAUUGGAUUUUUCCGUGAGUAUUACUAAACCAGAUCACCAUUUUGCAGGUGUGUUGUUCUUGUUCUGUUCUUGAUUCACAACGAUCAUUUCAGGAUUUAUUGGCUUUGUGCUGGCAGGUGGGAGAUUCAAGUUCAAUGCACGAAGAUUCUCAAGGAUUGGGUUCCUCACUUGUUCCUGUGUAGGAGCAACAACCUGUACCAUAGGAAUAGGAUGGAUUAAAGAGGCAGGCAUGUAGAUUAUGCAAAUUGUAAGGAAGAUGAUGUAAAUAUUAAAUUCUUAGAUGUUGA